GAGCGAGCUUGUCGAGGGCGCAGUAGGGUGAGGUGGCGGUCGCGGGGGCGACGGAGCUGAGGUUGGGAACGGCAGCGGCGGCUAGAGAAACCUUUAAUCAUCUUUAAAAACAACUGCGCCAGGACAUCGCACCUUUGUGAGCGGGGCAUUGAAGAAUCUCUUUGAGUGACCUGGGCAGUUGAGGCUUGGCAGCACACGCCAUGUCGGCUUAUUCCAGAAGUUACAAUCCGUUUGAUGAUGAUGCGGAUGAAGAAGACCUGAAGCCAGCGAAAUGGAAGAAUGAAGAGGAUUUCUCCCAGAAGCCCAGGGAGCCUAUGGACAGACAGCAGUACCUGCGGCAGGAAGUGCUGAGGCGGACCGAGGCCUCUGUGGAGAGUACUAACCGCUCCCUUUCCUCCAUUUAUGAGUCCGAGAAGGUCGGAAUUGCUUCAUCCGAGGAGCUGGUGCGUCAGCGGGGAGUGCUGCAGCGCACGGAACAGAUGGUGGACAAGAUGGAGCAGGACUUAAAGACCAGCCAGAGGCACAUCAACAGUAUCAAGAGUGUGUUCGGGGGCUUCGUCAACUACUUCAAAUCCAAGCCUGCGGAAGCCACGCCGCCUAACGGUGUCGUGGACCCCCAGCCCAGCACGCGACUGAAAGAAGCCGUAGCCACGAGUAAGGAACAAGAGGGGAAUUAUCAGGCCAGCCACCCGAACCUCAGGAGGCUGCAGAGUUCAGAUGCCGUUGUUGGUGGGACUAGUUCUGCCGUCAGUACCGAUGCCUAUCUGAAGAAUCAACAUCUCCGAGCCUAUCACCAAAAAAUAGAUGACAAUCUUGAUGAGAUGUCCAAGGGGCUUGGCCGCCUCAAGGACAUCGCCUUGGGAAUGCAGACUGAAAUAGAAGAACAAGAUGACAUUCUUAACCGGCUCACAACCAAAGUCGACAAGCUAGACAUAAAUAUCAAAAGCACAGACAAAAAAGUCCGGCAGCUUUAGAGACAAAUGAGGUUUUCUGUUCAUCUGCCACGGAACGAUUUGAGAAAUUCUUUCCUUCCCAAGACGUUUUCCAAAACGUUUGGGAGAAUUCCAUUUCACUACUUUAGUAGGUUACUGAUUAAGACAUGUCUGCAAGAGGUACAACAGCAUGAGUCUUCUGAAAGGUUAUUUAGCCGGGAUGGACAGAAGGGAGGGCAGCACUGAGUGACCAAUGCCCCGGAUGCCUUGCUGGAAUGAGAAGAAAGUAACUUUAGUUCUCAGCUUAGUGAAAAGACAUAAUCAUCCUAGGAAACACGGAGAGCUUCUCACAUUGCUGUUUGUCAAAACGGAGGGCCUGCUGUGCUCUCCACCCAGAGGCGUCAGACCUGAGUGGGGUCCCAGGCCCCUUUUGUUGUCCCCCUUCUUGUUGGAGACAGAUUCGCUUCCCCACCUGGACGUUCCAUCUGACAGCAUUAUCCUGCAGAGAUUGAGGUCCUGAAUGGGAGCCCCUCCCCUCCUGUGCUUAGCUGACCUGUCCUCUCUGCUCCUCCUCGUUGGUCCUUCCUCCCGGCCACUGUGGUUGUGAAGGCCAUGUGCCUUCUUCCUCGAUGCCAGCGACUUUGCCAGUUGAACCAUUCUUUCAUAUCCCCUGGAAGUCUUCAAUGACUGCCUGUCCAGAAUUAGGAGCAGACUAUCCCUCUGUGCCCGGGACUGACUGGCUGAGGAGUGCUUAGGGCCCUCAAAGAGUGUGUGUGCCGUCUGCAGGCUUUUCCUUUCCCAAGAACUGGACAAAAAACUCUCUUUGUACCAUCUUAUCCCCCCGCCCCUGCACACUAGCAGUGCUCUGACUAAUCCCCUCUUUUCAAUCUCAAUUCAUGCAAGUCAGUCUAUAACAAAAAGAGGAUUUGAAAAAAUAUGAUUUGACUCUGGCAGGAAAGAGGCAGACAGAUCUUGUCACCAGAUUCUCAGCUUCAACUAGACAUUGUCUGUUCCCCGUUUAAUGGGUCACACUCCACCACAGUCCUUGUUUCGGGUAAGAAUGUCUGCACCAAGACUAGGAGAAUCCAGGAAGAAAUCCAAGGUGCCCCCAGGCCAAAUUAGGCCUGGGGCCACACUGUUGAGGCAGAGAAGUAUGCCUAUUAGUAAUUAGUAUGUCAGUAAUAGUUAUGCUUGUUAGUAAGGAUAGACCUGCUGGGUUGGAGCUGGCCCUUUUCUUAUUGAGUCUCUGUUUCUUACAGUCAGUUCCUUGGUAACUUUGCCAUCUUAGGCAAGGAACUGUCUCUCUGUUUCUGUCUGUCCCCCUGCCACCUAUCUAGACAUAGAGCGCUUGGGUGUGUAUGUCUCUCUCUCUAUAUCUAGAUCUUUAUCUAUAACGAGACGCAGAGGCACCUACCCAAUGCCGAACGACACCAGCCACGUGCACUGGAUGCCUUCAAAGAAUUGUGGAUCCAGUUGUUCUAAUAGGCCUGAUGUGAACUCGGUUCGCUUUUUGAGCAUUAAGGGAAAGUGAUUUCUUAAAUAAAAGACACUCAGCUGGGUGAGCACCUGCUUUGUUCCAGGGUAAAACCAAGCAGGAAGUCCAUUUUUAAAGCGACUUAUUUCUUAGAAGCCUUUUUCAGAGGAUGAAAGUCAGCUCUCAUUAUGAGAAAAGAGCAAGAGGAUUUCUUCUGCCCCUGGUGCCUAUUCCAUCUUCACAUGCUCCGUGCCUUUGAUCUUUGCAGCCUUCAGAGAUAGGCCCAGCAGAGAGCUCUUGGGAGCACCUCUGGUGCAGCAGAUCUUGAGUUUUCUCACCAGUGGUCGUGACUGUCUGGAGAGCUGCCAUUUCCUGAAGCUGCUCAGGGCCUGGUUGCAGCCUCCUGAUGAUGACUGAAGGGAGAAGCCAAGUGAGAAGGGAGUUAAGUCACAGAAGUGAGAUUGCCUAUUGCUUUGCUCCAGACUUCUAGUAAGAAAGCGCACCCUCCCGUUAGCACGCUCACUGGUGGGUCCAGCCGGACCAAGAGGGCCGAGCUUUGGGGGCAAAGAUUCUAAGACUGCACUCAGACCUGAGUUCAGCUCCCUUCUCCUGGGGUUUUUACCAAUGCCUUUCUUGACCUUCCUCCACCUCACCUGAUUCUGUCUGCUGGUUUUUUGUAAUGAAAGGGAGAGGUCAUUACAUCUUGGGCUUGGAAAAGUAAUUUUGAAGGCAGCUAGUCACUCCUGUCUGUCAAGGAACAAAGUGCUAAUAAGCUAACGUAGAUCAUUAAACACAGCCGGUUCCAAGUAGACAGCCUAACCCCUGCUGAAGAGUCCUUGAGAAGCUGGACACCUCCUGGGACAGACUUUCCAGGUGAUCACUCGUGAAGCUGCCCAUUGUGUCUGCUUGAUAACCAGCUGUAGCCAAAGGCAGGUACAGCCAAAGCACAUCCCUGGUGCCAGAUGUCGCCUAACUUGGAAAGAAGCACAGAGGAGGCUCCUGUGAGGCUUCAUCGUCUUUUUACCUGCGCACUUUGAUGGAAAUGCAUCUAUAAAUGCUUCUCCUGAUCUCUCCAACAAAGGUUGAGAGCUUUGGCUGUGUCUGGGUCUCAGGAUCAUACCCUGUGUGAGGGCGUAGGGGAAGAACAUGGGUGCUGACUGUGGGACCCAACCACAGGUGUGUUCCUUGUAAGACCUCAGGCAGCUUAGAACACAGCCAGACAGAAGGAAUUUUCCAGAGUUAUGCAGGAACACAGACAUCAAGGCAAAAUCACCUUGGCAAACAGCUUCCCCAAGCUUCAUUGCUCAGCCACACGCAAGGCUCCUCUGGAUUUCUUACCCUCCCUUCUCCCAGAAGACAAAGGCUAACCUACCACAACCCAAGGGUGUCAGGCUAUGUUUGCUUCUAUCUCCUGCCAUCCUGCCUGAGUUCAAUUGCUGUGCCUCCUUGAUUGUGCCGAGAGAUUGUUGAACAUGGUUUCUCACCUGAGUUAGGGCCCCUCCACAAAAGUUACAAAUGCAACUCCAGCCUGAAGGGAACCUAAUGUCCAUAACUGGGCUGGAAACAAAUUGCCUUUCCAGAAGUGGCUUAUCUUCUAGAGCAGAGUUGCUGCAAACUUUCCUAUUCUUGGAUUGGGUUUGAAAUAUGCUGCGCAACUAACUGUUAUUGAUACUUCUCUUGAAAAAAAGACUGCUUUUAACACCCAGCCAGUACAAAUGUUUCUGUGCAUCCCCUGGAAAAGAACACUUUGAUUUGAACGCAAGAAUCUGAAAGACUCAGAUCAAAAGGCAGACAUUUAAGGAUGCAACUAAUCUUCAGUACCUCUAACUUGAUUUUGUUGAUCUGUUAUUUUAAUUGUAAAACCAUACCAGUUUGUUACUAAUCUCACAUAUAACGGAAAUAGAAAUCCUUUCAUGGAGACUUAAAAGCAAAAAGCCUUGCUUGAGCAAUUCCAUUGGUAAAAAUUGAAAUGUUAUGUCAUUAAAAAGGCUUACUGUACA